CUACAAACCAGAUAUGUAAACCCACAAAAAACCCAAGAUUGAGCAAUAUAUUAAUCAUAAGUUAGUUAGUAAGAUCGUUAUCAAUAUUAUAUAUAAAAUCGCCCUCCGUGAUAAUGGAAUGCCCCGUACCAAGUAAAAGCUUACCUCAACUUUACCUUAAAAGCUCUCGUAUAAUUAUUUUUUGUUCACUGCUGUACUUGUUAGUUACGCCUAAUACAAUCGCUUAAAAUACAGUAUAUUACUGUUAGAUUUCACAAACUAAUUCUAUCGAUUAUAAAAUAUAGUCAACCCAUCACAGGACGUUUAUGAUGAUGAACUCAAAGAUGAUGAAAAUAUUUUGGCUUUUGCUGAUCGGGGCCAACAUAAAUGCAAACGAAACAAAUGACGUAAAGACAAUAUUCGAGCAACAUGAAAUAGUUCCAGAUGUUGUACCAUAUGCACCAAACCGGUUUUUAAAGGUCACAUAUACCGACGGCUUGGAAGUGAAAGCGGGCGUAGAACUCACACCAACUCAAGUAAAGUCACAACCUUUGGUAGAAUGGGAGGCGGAUCAAUACUUAUUUUACACACUUAUAAUGACAGAUCCAGACGCACCAUGUCGCAAUGCACCCAAAUUACGCGAGUUCAAACACUGGUUAGUGGUUAACAUUCCAGUCAAUGACAUUUCCAAAGGUGAAGUUUUAAGCGCUUAUGUUGGCGCAGGACCCCCCAAAAAUACAGGACUGCAUCGUUAUGUAUUCCUGCUGUAUAAACAAAAUGGGAAGUUAGAAUUCCAUGAGGCACGAGUUGGAAAUAACAGCAGAGAAGAACGUCCUAAAUUCCGUGUAGCUAAUUUUGCUUCAAAUUAUGGCCUUGGUUAUCCUGUAGCAGGCAACUUUUAUCUAGCGCAAUGGGAUGAUUAUGUUCCCUUCGUUCACAAACAGCUUUCAGGCAACUGAGGUAUUUAUUUUUGCAAUCAAUUGUAAAUCAUUUUCGUAAUUAAAUAAUACUAGUUCGUCUUCUUUCAAAAA